AAGCACACAAGAGUGCAGUCUGUUAGUUUCUGUCUAUGGGUACAGUUGUCUCGGUUAUAUUUAAUUAAAACUAACAACAACAAUGCCAGACUUCUACUACAUGCUCUAUUCGGCCCCAUGCCGUUCCAUUUUGAUGACGGCCAAAGCUUUGGGAUUGGAGUUGAAUAAAAUAAAAGUCGAUCUCGAUGCAGGGGAUCAUUUGAAGCCGGAAUUCGUCAAGAUCAAUCCACAGCAUACGAUUCCGACACUUGUGGAUGAUGGCUUUGCUUUGUGGGAAUCCCGUGCUAUACUCAUCUACUUGGCGGAGAAAUAUGGCAAGGACGACUCUCUGUAUCCCAAGGAUCCUCAGCAAAAGGCUUUGGUCAAUCAUCGCAUAUUUUUUGAUCUGGGCACAUUGUAUCAGAGUUAUGUUUACUACUAUUAUCCUCAAUUGUUUGAGGAAGAGAAGAAGCCAGCGGAUCCAGAGAACUACAAGAAGAUUGCUUCUGCCUUUGAACAAUUCAAUACCCUGCUAGAGGGUCAUCUAUAUGCGGCUGGUGAGAAGCUAACAUUGGCCGAUUUCGCCCUACUGUCCACUGUGUCCACAUUUGAGGUGUCUGCCUAUGAUUUUAGCAAAUAUCCAAAUGUGGUCAGAUGGUAUGAGAAUGCCAAGAAGGUUAUUCCCGGCUGGGAGGAGAACUGGGAAGGUUGUUUAUACUACAAGAAGCUCUAUUUGGGUGGAAUCCUAGGCAAUUACCAACAGAGAGUCAGUCAGUUGUACAUUGUUGCUCUUAGCCAUAAGAACCACUCGACCAGAAAAAAAAGCCCCGAAAAUAUUAAUAUGGAGUUCUAUUACCGACCCGGAUCUGCUCCCUGCCGUGCUGUCAUUAUGACUGCCAAAGCCAUCGGCGUGGAAUUCGACAAGCAAAUCAUGAUCAAUACACGAGCCGGAGAUCAAUUCAAGCCGGAAUAUUUGAAGAUGAAUCCACAGCAUACGAUUCCCACAUUGAAUGAUAAUGGCCUCGCCUUGUGGGAAUCACGUGCUAUUAUGGUAUAUCUGGUGGAGAGUUAUGCCAAAGAUGAUAAACUCUAUCCGAAGGAUAUUGAAAAGCAAGCGGUUAUCAAUCAAUUGUUAUACUUUGACUGUGGCACCUUGUACAAGAGUUUCGCGGACUACUAUUAUCCACAGAUCUUCCAGAAGAAGCCCGCCGAUCCAGAGCUUUAUAAGAAAAUCGAAAUAGCCUUUGGCCAUUUGAAUACCACGCUGGAAGGCAAAAAAUAUGCCUUUGGUGACAAUCUGACCAUAGCUGAUAUAGCCCUUUUGGCCAGUGUGUCUACCUUUGAUGUGGCUAAAUUUGAUAUAACAAAGUACUCGAAUGUCAGCAGAUGGUAUGAACUGGCCAAGAAGGUAACACCUGGUUGGGAGCUCAAUUGGUCUGGCUGUUUGGAGUUCCGCAAAUAUUUCGAUAACUAAUUAAUUUCUUGGUGUAUUAUUGCACUUGAUUAUGUUCUUAUAAAUAAAACUUGUACUACACUUAGAUACUAAAA